AUGUUCCAGAAUGAAACAUCUCCAAUUCGAAAUGAAUUUUGGUUUAUUCCACUCGAUCUCAUCAUGUUAAUCUUGACAAGUUUCGUUUGUUUAUUUACUUUUCUAUUUCUUCUUAUAAUUUUUCUCGAUAAAACAUGUCGAAGUGUGUCAACAUUACUUCUUUGUAAUUCAUUUCUAUCGGAAUUUCUCUUUGCAAGUGUCAUGUUUAGUAUAACUUUCUUUACCUUUCGCAACGAUAUUAAACAAAUUAUUGACAAAGAUCGUUCUUGUUCAUUUCGUGGUUAUCUUAGUUAUGCAACAUCGGCAAUUCGAAGUCAUUCGUACUUAUUACAAAGUAUUUAUCGUUAUAUCAAAGUUGUUUAUCCUUCACAGAUCUUUUAUCAAUCUCAAAGAUUUCAAUUGAUUCUCAUUUGUUUAACAUGGAUUUUGUCGAUUAUUCAUCCUUUUCCAUUUUUCUUCACUAAUCAAAUUGAAUACAAUGUUGAUAAUCAAGUUUGUCAUAUGCCAUUUCAACGACAUUUUUGGAUAUUUUACACGUGUUUUCUCGCUUAUUUGAAUCCGAUUUUGAUCAUAACGAUUAUCUAUUUUAAAUUGGUUCGCUACGUUCAUAAUAUGAGUGAAAUUAUUACACCUAUUAAUCGAUUAAUUCACGCACGACGUCAGCUGCAACUGGUGCGACGAAUUGCUUUUCUUGUGAUCUUUCUUGUUACGCUCGGUUUACCUUAUACAAUAUUUUAUUUUUUAUCAUUUGUACGUCCACCACCGAGAUAUCAUUUUCGGAUCGCUUUUUUCUUUGUUGAUUUAUCGUUGGUUUUUGUCAUUCUUGUUUUAUUUCAAUUUACAAAUCCAAUUCGAACGUUUCUACAAAGACAAAUUCUUCAAUGGACCAACGAAUCAACGCGAACAAAGAUUUAA